CCAUUACAGUGGAAACUCAUAUUCUCACAUUCUAGCCAUGUCUCAACGUUCAUGGCUUCUAUAAUCUUCAGAAAAUUGAUAUUUAACCCUACCUGUCACCACUUAGCUCCGCUCAACCCUUCUUCCAUUGGUCGCAGCAAGUAUAAGGUUGUCCGGAGCAUGAACUCGGAAUCAUCUCAGCGCAUUUUCCAGCUUAAAUUCGACCCUUUAACUGGAAACUCGGAAUGGGUUGUGGUCGAAGAAGGCGAAGAUACUGAAAAUUCACCUAAGGCCCUUUUGUCGUCAACGUCGUAUCUUGAUAUGCUUAAUGACUCCCGAAGAAAUAGAGCUUUCCGUAAAGCCAUCGAGAAAACUGUAACUAGGGCUUGCCAUGUUCUUGAUAUCGGUGCUGGAACUGGCUUGUUAUCAAUGAUGGCUGCACGAGCAAUGGACUCCAUUGAUUCACAGCAAUGUACUGGUUCCAAGGGGAUGGUGACAGCAUGUGAGUCUUACCUUCCCAUGGUUAAAUUGAUGCGGAAAGUCUUACGAGUAAAUGACAUGGACAAGAAGAUCCAUAUCAUCCAUAAGCGCUCAGAUGAACUCAAUGCUGACACUGAUCUUACAUCACGUGCAGAUACAUUAGUUAGUGAAAUACUAGACUCUGAGCUAUUGGGUGAAGGACUAAUACCUACUCUUCAACAUGCACAUGAUAAGGUAUUGGUGGGUAAUCCACAUACUGUUCCAUACCGAGCAACUACUUAUGGCCAGUUGGUUGAAUGCACAUUCUUAUGGAAGCUGCAUGAUUUACACCAUAAUGAAGCCAAAGCAUUGGAUACUGUGCAUCUUGCCCCUGCUGGGUUAGAGACAAUCAUAUGUGCCAAAUUAAAACAAUAUGCAAUGCAUUGUGAUGCAAUAUCAGAAGAGUUAAGAUUGUUAUCAGAACCAUUCAAAGUUUUCGAAUUUGACUUUUGGAAACGACCUGAAAGUCAUGGACAAACUGAGAUACACAUACAGGCAACUUGUGAUGGUAAAGUUCAUGCUAUAGUUUCAUGGUGGGUACUUCAACUUGAUUAUGAAGGGACAGUCUUCUAUUCCACUGCCCCAAAAUGGAUAAGUUCCCCUUCUGGUAAUGUGGAGAAACAAACAGAAUCAUAUUGUGCGGCAGAUUGGUGUGACCAUUGGAAACAAUGCGUUUGGUUCAUUCCGGGGUUGGGAAUGUCUGUAUCCAAGGAUCACCAGGUUCAUCUUCAAGCUGUUCAUGAUGACACUAGCAUCUCAUAUAAUCUCAAGUAUGAUGAUCCAAGAGUAGUGCUUGAGCCUAAUGACUUGCAUAUCAAAGGUUGUCAGCUUACACUGUCACCAGAAAGAAUUGGAAUAUAUGGAGACAUAGAGUGGAGAUCUUCCAUGUUAAUGGCUGUUAGAAAUGCUGUGCAGAAGAAGAUUCCUUCUUUAUGUGUUGUUGCAGAUGAUAGUGUGUUCUUGACAAUCCUUACUGCAUAUCUUUCACCAACUUCAGAUGUAAUUUCAAUGUUUCCGGGUCUACGGGAGAAGGGUGCCCAUUAUUUGCAUGCUGUUGCUGAUGCAAAUGGCUUCUCCAUGGAUCGUUUGAAAAUUAUUGGGAAGAGAGAAACAUGCUUGACUUUGGAGGAUACUAAUCAGGAAAAGGUUGACCUGUUAGUUGGAGAACCAUUCUAUCAUGGAAAUGAAGCGAUGCUUCCAUGGCAAAACCUGCGGUUCUGGAAGGAAAGGACCAUGAUUGAUUCAGUCUUAUCGAAGGAUGCACGGAUCAUUCCAUGUAAAGGAAUUUUAAGGGGUUGUGCCAUGUCACUUCCUGAUUUAUGGAGAAGUCGUCGCUGCCUGGAAACUAUUGAAGGAUUUGACCAUUCAGUAGUAAAUACUACUUUAGGGGCUUGUGGUGAUUUACCUACAUCACUAGAAUGUCCUUGCCUCCCUUACUUUAUUUGGCAGUGUGGGGAAACUAAAGCACUCAGUGAGGUAUUUACAGUUAUGGAGUUUGAUUUCACAAAACCGCUGAGUCCAUGUUCUGGGAAAACCAAGGUUGGAUUUAUCAAAUCUGGUACAUGUCAUGGAUUCGCCCUUUGGAUUGAUUGGCUGUUGGAUGCAGACAACUCCAUUGUAUUGUCAACAGGACCAGAACGCAGAUAUUGGAAACAAGGAGUAAAACUUCUGAGUAAGCCCGUGGAAGUUGGUAUCAAUGGAUCAUGCAAUAUUGACAAAUUUUCUUCCACUGAGAUUGAGGUUUCCUUCAACUCAGUAAAUGGAGAACUUGCUAUAAAACAUGAUUUCUUAUGACUGGGGAGUACAAUAUCUGCACAGGUUUUUGGGGUGUCCAAGAUGAUUUCUUCUUCCCCUAUUCUUCCUUCUUUUAGCGUAGAUUUUGAAUCUCAGUGGCUG